AUGUUGCUCCCUGUGGUGAGCCGCCCUGUGGAUCAUGGCCCUGUCAACCGCUACGACCGAGGACGGCCCAAUGAGCCACAAUUCACGUCACAGCAGGUGUUGCGGGUGGGACAGGGCACCAUCAUCAAGCACGAGAGCUCGCGCACUGAUGCCGUCUCUCUCCGUGAGCGAGUGUCACAGAGAUCUCGACGAGCACAGGUCGCCGAAAGGUUGCAGCCGGCCGUGUUUCCAAUCCUCAACACAGGCCAGGCCGGCUAUGGCGCCUGA